AUGGACGGCAGGGGGCUAGUGAUUUCUGGACGGACCUCUGGAAAAAAUAUAAUGCUAGCACUCUGGGCGAAUGGGAUCAAUGGUUACGGCUACCAUACGACUGCUGCACAAUGUACAGAGAGAAAAGACCUUACAAAUAAAACGUACGCUAUAACAGGUGUCAACUCCGGACUAGGUUAUGAGACCGGGCGUGUGUUGGCACUCAGAAAUGCGAAUAUAAUUGGGCUCGCACGUACAAAAGAGAAAGCUGAGAUAGCCCUCUGUGAUUGGCAGGGAACGGGGGAAAAGAUAGCGAUUGCAUGCGAUUUAAGUGAUAUAAAGAGCGUGCAAAAAGCAGUAGAUGAUGUGAGAGACACUGGGAAGCCAAUCGACGCUAUCAUCGCAAAUGCAGGUAGUCCAGCUCGGAAUUUAUACUGCCAUGCAUACUAA